GUCACUGUCACUGUCAAAUUAAUACCAACAACAAUAAAAAUUACUAAAAAGUCAAUUGUCAAUAUUUAUUUAUUAUCAAAAAGAUAAGACAAGAUAAAAAAUAGUGUUAUUGGAUGUAAAUAACAAAUAGGAUGUAUUAAUAAUACGUCAUAUGAUGUUCCAAAUUACCUCACUAUACCUAAAAAUAGAACCAACCACUUGUUGAUUUUCGUAGUUUUAAUAUAACAUUAGGUUAUAUUGAUUGAAAUUUUAACAUUUAUUCCAAUAAAGAAUGCAGAAAAGCCCACUAGAACAAUGGUUCGAAAAUCUCCCAUCCAAAAACUCAUCUAACAACACUCAAAGAAGAAUUUCUUUACUUAAUAAUAGUGGUAAAUCUCUUUCUAGAGAUUUUUCGUUUCAUUCUGACGACGGUACUAGUCACUGUUCUAGUGUAGAGUCUUUUCUGGAGUUGCGAAAGCCAGAUCCAGAGGAAGUACUGCUGGAACUUGGAUUUGGUCCGAAUAAGAAUUCGGAAAAGAUCAAUCGUAUUCCAGCUAGGUUUCUUCAGCCUUCUAAGUUAUUGCCACAUAUUGACUUAAACAAGUUUUUAGAGGACUAUGGUGCAAAAGUUCCGGACUCACAGUCCAAUCCACCUACACCAUCCAGAACACGACCAAGAUCAAACUGAGAAAAUUUUUAACAAACGACGACGAAAAAAUAAUUGACAAUCAAUUGAUCAAUUCUUUUGAACAUAAAACAGCUACUUUUGACUUAUAUCUUAUACGCUUAUACCUUUAACAAAAAAUGGAACUGAGCAUUUUUCGAUGGAGUUUUAACCUAUUUCCAUAUACUUGGGUUAUCUCUAUUGCAUAAAAAUAUUGUAAAAGGAGAUUUACAAUUGGACCAGUCAGGUUGCUAAGCUAUAAUACAUGGGACCGUGUGCUGAUGGGUGAUAUAUAAUGUAAUAUGUGUGUAUUUAAAAAAACGGGUCUUUUAAAGUUAGUAGGUACUUAAGAAUUACUUAAAACUUAAAGCAUUUAAUCUAGAAUGUACUUAUUCCACUACUUUUUAACACUUUAACUGCCGUGUGCACCACAAUGAACAGCUUUUGUAUUGAAUGGUAUGUAUUGUAGACAUACAUACUUCCACUAAAAAUUUACAUAAGAAAAGGUGUGCAUAAAAUAAGUCUGUAAAUAUGUAAUAGUAUACAGAGUUGGGAUAAAGUAUAUAUAUAUAUAACUCAUCUAAUGCCAUAUUUUUUAUUACGACUCUACUUCUGAUUUCAUCGAAUAUACCCUUAACUUAUUAAAUUUAAACGUGACACCCUGUAUAUUUUUGGACAUUUUAAAAGAAAUUUUAUUCCAAUAUGUACGUACCAAGUCUGGUAAAAAAAAGUCUUCUUUUCCUUUUGGGAACGUCCAUUACACUCCAAAAUAUACAUCGACUCCUCUCCCUCCAACCAUAUUUAACCUACUCUUAGGUAUAAAAGUACUUACAGUCAGCUCAACCUUGUCAAAGGCUUUUAUUCCAUUUCCUUUUUAGAGAGAUUUUAUUCCUUAAUUAUUUAUAUGUAAAUGUUAAUAUGUCUAACCAUUGCUCAUGGAUUGAGAUUUUUAGCUAAUAAGUAAGUAGUUUUAAAUAUUUUUCAUAGGAAUUCCAUGAUUUUUUCUAACAUAGCAGCCCUUAAUGUGGUUUAUCUUAUAAUAAACGGCUAGGGCGCAAAUUUAUUGAAGAAAAAUUUAAAGUUAAUUCAAUUCAAAGAACAUAAAACAAUACAAAGAAAAUAGAACAAGAUAGAACUACUCGCUACUCGGUAGUUUGCCAUUGUCUUCUGAAAAAGAAUUUUUACAAUAUAUUUCUUUUUUACAAUAUUUUUUUUCUGCUUUUAUUUUCUCUUUCUGUUCUGUUUUUUUUUACAAUAGAGUUAAGAGAACAAUAUGUAUGUGUUGUAGAUCUUAAAUAUCUUGGGUCUAUAGAGCUCUCAUAUUUCAUGAUAAAUAUGUUCUGACCGUUUAUUAUAUGCAAAAGUAAUGUCUUUGCUUUUCAAAUAUCUAUAGUUCGACCAAUGAAACGAAUGCCACUGAAAGUGGCUAGAAUAAGAUUUAAAACAGCUGGAUCUGUUUGUGCUCCCUUUUUUCUCUUAUUAUAUUACUCUGAAGUCCAAAUAUCUGUGGAUAUUCGACCGGAUAUUCGUUACUAUGGUCGAAUUGUAGUACCAGAUAAUAUUGAUUAGUUUGUGGGCCUCAAAUAAUACCUAUAUGAUUAGCAAAACCAUAAAUGCAACAGAGUUUAUGACCUUUUGAAGACUGUCUUUAUCAUCGGAAUUAAAAUGUCAAUGAAUGAAAGAUUCAAUUUUUCUAAGUCAAGCAACUUGAAUUUCUUUUUUAUAUAAGUUUUUUUCUUGGAUAAUAACAAUACAAAUCUUCUUCACAGACAUGUACUCUCUAAGGGCCUCCUGUCAGGUCUCCUUCCCCUAUUCAUUUCAGGAACUUAACGGUUAGAGAUAGGAUCAAAUUAAUUGCGCCAUUGAACGCACCCUAUCCAUCUUAAUAUAAUAUGGCCUCUAACGUUAACAUCAAGUGUCAGAUCUAAACAUCGUCUACUCUAAUAGAUUUGUUCUUAAUUAUAUCCUUUUUGUAAUUCCCCAAGUAGCACCGAACGGGUUUAUUAAGUCUUUUAAGGAUGCUUUAAAACUGUAGAAUAAAACUACAAUUAAAACCAUUUGGUUUUUAAGGAAACCUUAAGGUUGCAAUAAAACUGCUUUCAGCAUAAAAGGGCCCACUCUGAAAGAGGUCAAUAAAACCAAAAAUAAAAACCUUCUUAAAAGUUUGUUUUCUUAAGCAACUGGUUUUAAAGCUGCUGUGAAGGUGCUUUUAAAACCAUGUUAAAAGACACUUUAAGUGCAGACAGUUUUAAAAAGGUUUCUUAAAUGGAGAUUUUUAAAGACGAUUUACCAUAUUAAAUGAUUCUUUAAACCCAUAUUCUCCAUAUAGGCCAACAAAUUUUUACAUGUGUUAUGAUAGGUACAUACGCAUUUGUAAUCAUAAAAUAAUAAAAAGUACUUGGUUAUUUCGGACUGUUAAGGUAGAAAAACACUUGCGCACUCAACUAUAUUGAUAAUGUUAACAAAAAGAGAUCUAAAUAACUCACGCGCCCUAAAAUUUCUGACUUUUGGCGAUUAAAGAAUAAAAAUAAUAAAAAAAUUUAAAUCCAAAAAAUAUUAAUUUGAAAGAAAAUUAAUUUUAUCUACAAUUUUAAUGUUUAAAUGUUAAAAUAAAUCGAAUUUAUGUCUUUAAGUUGCUUAUUUAUAAUUUUUAGGCAAGCCUUAUAUUGUAAUCUAUCAUGGCUUUCAGCAUCUCCAGAAAGCAAUAUGGCCGAAAUCCAAAUAAAACUAUUUAUUCUAUCGACAGAGAAUUGAUAAGAUCAAAUGGUGUUAUUUUAUACCUUGCCAAGAGCAUAUAUCCUACAUAAAAGCAAGGUUGCCUUGGAAUUAAAACCGUUUAGUUUUAAUGCUGCUGUCAAUAAUGCCACUCGAUUUUAAUGUGAAUCUAACCUAAAAUCGAGGCGUCGUAGUGCUGUGUGUGUUGUAUUUUUCUUUUAAAAUGACCAGUUCGUUUAUAUUUUAAGUACUUGCGACAUAUUUCUUCCAUACUAACUGUAAUUCCAUUUUUUACAACACACUACACCACUGUUUCGCUCUAAAACAAAUGGCCGACCAUUUUGGACAUGAAAGAAGAAGGGAUGGGUUUAGUUUUAGUGUUUCUAAUAAGAAGCAUAGUUUAGUCUAUACGAUAACCAAAUUGAUUCAGUUAAGAGCUUUGAUUUUAAAUAGCCUACUAAUUGCUUUUAAGAAAGCAACUUUAAAGACAACUACAAAAAUAGUUUUAAGGCAUAUGUUUUACUCACAUAAUAGUCUUGAGAUCAAGUAGUUUUAAUAAUAGGUUUUAUUAGUCAUAUUAGGAGAAUCUUUAAAACUGCUUUAAAACUAAAAGGUAACAAACAAGAAUCUAAUAAAACGAAACAGUCCGGAAGUUCUUUAUAAAACUGAUUAGUUUUAAAGUGAACUGAGAAUAAACCAUUUUAAAACUACAAUAAGACAAAUUAUCUAUUAAGAUUAAUUAGUCUUAUUUGAUACUAUUAGAUACUUUAAAACUAGUGACAAAUGCUUAACAGUUUUAAAGUUCUGGUAGUAUAUCUACAAGGUAACUUUAAAACCAUUAUCUUCUUAUUUACCACAAUAAAACCUUUAUAAAACUAAAAUGUUUUUAUUGUGCUACUUGGGUCCUUCAUACAAGCUUCCUCAUGUUGGCCACAUAAAUUGUUUAUAAUUCUUCCUUUACUUAAUAUUUAGUAAGAUUCGUGAACAGCCGUAGCACAGCGGCAUGAUAACUGGACUCAUAAGCCAGAGCGCCCGGGUUCGAGCCCCAGCACAGACAAUCCAUUUUCCUUUAGGGGAAAUUAAUUUAGAGGAAUCUUUUGCUUUAUAUUUAAUCCAUUUUCAUUUCCAAAAAGUGAUACGAGCUGUUCACCAUACCUCGGAGAGUACGUUAAGCCGUCGGUCCCCCUGGGCUAGUGUUAUCAUCGACACUAGUUACUUGAAACAGGGUUAAAGAUGUAAAUGGCGCCUGAACCUGUCCGAAAGGAUCUCCCCGGCAAAAAAGCCAUACGAUAUUAUUAUUAUUACUUAAUAUUCAACAUUCAGUAACAUAUAGCGGCUCUUGUAGAUUUUUUUGUUCAUAUAACACUGUGAUUGUACUUCAUCAGAAGAUUGUAAUAAUCUUUACUUGCCUUGAGAAUGCAAUAUACAGAUGUUUCCAUACCGCAGAAAGAUUAUAUGGUCAUGUAAAAACAACACUAGGUCUUUCUUUAGGAAGAGUGUCAGUAGUGUCUUUAUUCCAGUGCACCUAUGACUACAAAAAAAUUUCGUUGUGCUUCACCAGUUACUUGAAGAACUGUUUGCUAUUUCAAGUUCUUACACACCCAUGAGUUGUAGCUUAGAUUCAUAUUUAGACUCACAAUAUUUAACGAAUAAAUGAAAUAAAUAGAAACUUAUUUAUAAGAUAUGGCAACACUGUAUUCAUGAAUACAAAGGUCAUAAACUUCUGAAGCACUUUUGGUUUCAGUAUUAAAAUGUAAUACCCCAUUACCUUUAGAAACUGAUGCGAUCAAACAAAAGAAACUAGCGUACCUCUUGUUGUGAUAUAUGUAUCAAAUACAGGUUUUCUUAUUUUCUUUAUAUUCGUCUUUUAUUCUAAUUGUUGAAAAAUUGUAUGUAAAACGUUAUCUAUUAAUUUGUAUUAUGAAAAGGUAGCAUUUUUAUCUUUAUAAAUGAGGACUGGGCAUUUGUAAUGAGCUAAUUGCAAAAGGGAAUUUACAGAUAGGGUGUAAUAAAAGAAAUUGAGCUUCGUCUAACUAAGAGCUGCCGAAGAAUUUAAUUGUUUACAAAAAAAAAAAGGAAUACAUAACUGGAAAGUCAACUUUUUGUCACUUAGCCCAAGAUUAAUGCUUGAUCCUCAAAAGAAGUACCUAAAUCUUUUCGUCUGAUAUAUUCCUGUUUAUUUCGCUAUAAUAUAUUCAAAGUACAGUGUGGCAACAAUGUAGCAUCAAAGCAUUUUAUGAAAUAAAGCCGGUUUAGAUCAGUGAGAGGAUCUACUGUUCAAAAUGUUAUUCCAAUAGGAAUAGUCCAAGGACUGUCAUUGAACUUUUAUAUAUUCUUCCUAUGUACCGUAUCAUACUAGGACACUGUUUGUGUCCUAAAUUAAAAUAAAUGUAACACAACGAACUGUCAAUAAUAUGUUUAUUUUAAUCGGUAAAAAGACGAGUUUUGCUUAUAUGUCAUAAGAGUGUGUUGUUGACCUAUUCCGACGCCCGCUGGGGUGUGACUGACUCUCGAAUAGAAAAAGGUAUGUUAUUCUUCGAGGGCUUGCGACAGACUGGCUGUGGAUGAACUAAAAACACAUAUCUGUGGUUUUAAGUUGAAUACUAAUUUAUUGACAUAAAGAGGCUGGCUAUUCUGGUACCGUAAUCUAUUAUGGAAUUUGUGCUUCCCACGAAAAUGCCAUUAUGUUUAAGAGCAAGCAAAGUUGACGGUUCAAAUGCAUUUAAAGGUGAUUUAUUAACAUACGGUCUGAUAAGGUAAUAUAUCUGAAUACUGAUAUAUUUCGUUUCUUAGAACUUAAGAGGCCCUUCUAUAAAUAUGGUUUGUGUAUAAAAUGUGAAUUUUAAAUGACCCAUAUUAUUUCGUAAUUAGCAAUUAAGAAAAUAGUAAAAUAAUAAUUGAAACGUGUCGCCACAGGACUAUAUCAGACAAAAGCCCUAAGUACCAAUUUUACUGCGUUGUUUUUAUAUUGUUGAAAUACUGAUAAGUGUCUGUACAGAAUAUUCUCUGUAAUUUUAUUGGCUGUAAAUCGAAAUUUUUUUAUAACACUUCAAUUGUCAACUAUGACCGUUUAUAAUAUACAUGUUAGUAUUUUCAGUAUAAAGCGUUUUUGUUUCGAAAUUGGGUGAAUUUUUGAUCCUUCAUAUUUCAUAAUUGAGGAGAUUAGAUGCUAAGGGGCACAAGUGACAAAAUAUUGUAAACUGAGUUACGUGCACAAAAUAAUACUAGAUAGUAUUAAAAAUUUAGUGGCAAAGAGAUACAGGUGAAUUAAACUACUGGUGGCGACAUAUCGCAGAUUCUAGUUUGACUACUUACGAAAUAUUUAAAAAGAAUUUGUGGCAAACAGGUAUAACUACACUUAUAUCCGUUUGCCUGUACGGUGUUGGAUAUUAUUUUUGGUGAA